AAACAAGAGCUGCUGCGAGGAUAAGGAGAGUUCCGGAGGAAUCAAGGGCGAGUAGGCGCAGCGCAGAAGACCAGGGAGUAAGGCGGGAAGGGGUUGGGUGGUUGCGCUGAGCAAUAUUCGGGUUGCUCCUGCUGGCCGCAGGAGGUAACUGAAUGCUCCGCAUGCGUGUUUCGUUUUGGGAUUCUUGCCUUGGUUUUUGUUCAAAAAGGGAAUAAAGCAAAACUAGCUAUGGCUCUGCCGCCGCUGCUGCUGCUACCCAGGAGGAGCCGGAGUUUCCUGCCCCUUGCAGGGGACCUGAGAAGAGCCGUUGAUCUCUGCAUGAUCAGAGGUACAGGACGUCUCCUCUGCCAUACUGACCAGCCACCAGCCACUGACAGCCCCACAGGAGAAGAAAAGUAUUACCCAUUGUAUCCAGGACACAUCCCCACCAGUCCUCUGCAGAAAGGCCUGCUGGCAGUUGGUUCAGCGUUCAUGGCUCUCUACAAUCCCUACCGGCAUGAUAUGGUGGCCGUCCUCGGGGAGACAACAGGGUACCUAGCUCUGAAAAACCUCAGGGAGAGGAUGAGGAAUGACCCAGAGGGAUUUCGGAUCCUACAAGAACGGCCUCGGAUACGCCUCUCCACGUUAGAUAUCUGUGGACUUCGGGGGCUUCCAGACGGGACCUUUGGCCGAGAGUAUGUCCGGUUUUUGGACGAUAAUAGCAUCUCUCCAGACACCAGGAUGCCUCCCAAGUUUGUAGAUGAUGAAGAAUUGGCCUACGUGGUCCAGCGGUAUAGAGAGGUCCACGAUCUGAUGCACACCCUUCUUGGCAUGCCCACCAAUAUGCUCGGGGAAGUCGUGGUAAAGUGGUUUGAGGCAGUCCAGACUGGCCUGCCCAUGUGCAUUCUGGGAGCAGCGUUUGGCCCACUCCGCCUUAACGCCUGGAAGCUGCGUGUUCUGACCACUGAGCUCAUCCCAUGGGCUGUUCGGAGUGGAAGCAGCGUCAGCUGUAUCCUAAAUUUCUAUUACGAGGAGCGCUGGGAGCAAACCGUGGACUCCCUUCGCCACGAAAUCGGUAUCCUGCCACCUCCGGCAAUUCAGGCGUAAAUUUCUGCUGGGGAAAAGGUCACUGGCAGGCAUUGAAGAAGCAGCAGAUGAAGUAGAUGUAGGGUCUCAGAAGUUAAACCAUAGCUUGCCUUGGAUGAGCUGAGCAGCCACGGUUUGGCCAACCAAAAAGUUUUAUUAAUUCAGUCGGCAGCAUGUUCUGCAUUUUUCCUGCCCCUCCAACAAGAUAAUUUAAAAUGGUAAGACAGUGUUUAAAAACACAAAGCCUCUUCAGCCAUUUAAACAGCAGUGAAAACACUGGAAGGAAGGAAAUUUGAAACCUUGAAAACUCCAGCGGAGAAGAGGCCUGAAAUGCUAAAUGUACAUAAAUGCACAGCAGCCCAGCAAGGCGGAUUCUUGCCAUAUUCCCGUGUGAUAGACCAGGGCUGGGGUAUUUGCCGCCUGCAGGCCUGAUUAGGCCCAUCUGCCUGACCCCUGAGGACAGACGGUACAGUAAGGGUGGGGCAUACUAAGAGCAUGUUUCAGCUGAUCUGUGGUGCUGGCAAAGCCCCUUUCCCAGCACAGUGCAAGAUAGUGCUUUGAGAGGGGCCUCUAAAGACUGGUUGUUUUGUCAUCUGCAAGGGUCUUCAGAAGCCCCGUUCAAAGCACAGAGCAAAAUAGUGUUCUGAAAGGGGCUUCAAAAGGCCCCUGCGUGCUGAAAGGUAACAGUUGACCAGUGGACUAGGCAGGUCCCCCCAUUUCUGUCACAGGUAGAACUGAGGCUGAGUGAAUUUAAAGCAGCGGUGGAGAACCUUUUGCAAGCCUCUUUGUCAUGGGCAUUGGGCAACCUGUUCCAAUGGCAGGCGAAGCCACAGGCAUGUGGGCGGAUGGAUGGAUGUGACCCCUGCAAGAUACUCUGCAUUCCAGCCACACUGAAGCCAUAGGUGUCUCCACCCAGGCAAGCAAGAGACAUUAGUUAACACAGUUCCAGGACACAUUUUAGUCAGGUAAAAACAUGGAAGGUGGUUUCAGAUAGGGCUGGUGAGGUGCAGCCUAGGGAGCGGGGGUGGGGGCAGUGGUAUCACAUUUGGCUCAUUUGUCUAAGAUUCUCCACCCCUUGAGCUAAGGCUACAGGGUGAAUUCUGGACAAAGAGGGGUUUAAACCAGGGUGGCAUCAGGAUCCAGGUAUUUAUUCCCAUUGGACCUCUAGCUCUGCAUCAAUGGGCCUUGUUGCUGCGGUUAAUACAGCUGGGACUCCAGAUAAUUGCAAAUCAUCCAACCAUCUAUUGUUUGCCCAUUCAUGGCCUACCGUGGUGGUUGAUCUCUCUACAAACCAGCUUUGGGUGCUUCCAGUCUCAUGAAAGGAAUGAAGAAUGCUGCCCAUGACUUUGUCUCCACCAAGGAAAGAGGCACAAGGCCAAGUCCAGUUGGCAAGGGCUGAGGCACUAAAGAAAGCUUGAUCAUGCAUAAUGAGAUAAGAAUCCAAUGUCUUUGUUCAUCCCAGGUGGGCCCUUGCUUUUACCCCGCAGGACCAAUUGCAGUCAUCAACAGUCGUUAACAGCCAUCUACAGGUUUACCACUCCCAUCAGCCCAUCACCCAUUCCCACCCACCCCCACCACCCUCUGUAUAAGGGUCUGACUUCUGUUUCAAGUGUAUCUGAAGAAGUGUGCAUGCACACAAAAGCUCACACCAAAAUAAAAACUUAGUUGGUCUUUAAGGUGCUACUGAAGGAAUUUUUUUAUUUUGCUUUGACUCAGACCAACACGGCUACCUACCUGUAUCUUAGAAGCACAGUUUAAGAAUGAUGUUGACAAGCUGGAGCAGGUGCAGAGGAGGGUGACUAAGAUGGUCAAGGGUCUGGAAGCCAAGCCAUAUGUCACAUGGUUGCCCAGAUUUGAUGAAGUGAACAUGCAUGAGGGCUGACUAAAUUUGCUGAGCUAUUUUAAGGAUUGAAGUUGUUGAGCUUUUUUUAGGAUUUUACCCCAAAAUUAUUGAGCUUUUUUUUAGGAUUGAACUUCUUGAGCUUUUUUGGGGGGGGGAUUUAGCCCCAGUAAAUAAACUGCCACAGGGGCCGGAUAAAACCAGCCAGGGGGCCGAAUUAGGCCCCCAUAUCAAACUCUGGGAAUGCCUGCCAUAUGAGGAACGGUUGAAGGAGUUGAGUGCAUUUAGCCUGGAAAAGAGGUGACUGAGAGAAGAUGUGAUAACCAUCUUCAAAUAUCUCAAGGGCUGCUACAUGGAAGAUGGAACAAACUUGUUUUCUCCUGCUGUGGAGGCUAGAAUCCAAGCCACUGGGUUCAAGUUACAAGAAAGGAGAUUCCAACUUAACAUUAGAAGGAACUUUAUGAUGGCAAGAGCCAUUUGACAGUGGAACGGUCUACCCUCAGGAGGUGGUGGACUCUCCUUCCUUGGAGGUUUUUGAGCAGAGUUGGGAUGGCCCUCUGUCCUGGAUGCUUCAGUUGAGUUUCCUGCAUUGCAGGGGGUUGGACUAGAUGCCCCUUGGAGUCACCUUCCAACUCUACAGUUGGGACUGAGAUUACUGCCAUCGCAGCUGAAAAGAGACUCAAAUCUGUAAGUUUCUUAAUAAAUUGCCAGUGCACACAAUAAGCUUAAUGUGAUCAGUUGUCUUUUUGUGUCGGGCUGCUGGAUAUGUGUGUAGCGGUACUGUGUGGUGAAGCUUUGAACUGCAGGUAGUAGCAUUCCAUGGAAGUAUCUUCAGACCCUUGCCUGGCUGGCCACGCACACUGGCCAACGGAUUGUGUUAGACAGGAAGGACUUCUUAUUCCAGCUGGGUUUUGCUUGCAGUACAAGAGAGUAUUCCUGCAUCCUUGACUGUUCAGUUCAGUCUUACUAUGGCUUUACAGUGGCCUGCUUCCCAGUUUAACCGUGGACCAUGCCCCUUUACUAUACUUUUUGGUUCUUCUUUGGUGCUGGCUGCCAAUUUCUUCCUGAAUCCUGGCUCGGCCUAGACUGCAGCCCAAAACCCAACCCUGACAUGUUCAUUAAUUGCAUUUGUAACCAACCUAUCCUCCAAGGAGGCCAAGAUGGUGCGCACGCUUCUCCCGCUCCACAUUUUAUCCUCUCAACAACCCUGUGAGGAAGGCUUGGCCGAGAGUAGGACUGGCCCAAAGUCACACAGUGAGCUUUGUGCCCGAGUAGGGAUUUGAACCCUGGGCUCUCAGGUCCUAGUCCAAAACUCUAACCAUUAAACAACACUACUCCAGAGGCUAUCAAUAGUUUUAAUCAGUAUAGCUAUAUUCUUCCUCCACUGCUGGUGGCAGUAUUUCUUUGAAUACCAGUUGCUAGAAAUUUAAUAUUGGGGAGAGUGCUGUUGCAGCCAGGUUUACUAUGGAGGACUCCCUGGUCCUGAAUGUGGUAACUGCCCUUGAAGGACCAGGUACACAGCCUGGGAGUCAUUUUGGACUCACAGCUGUCCAUGGAGGCGCAGGUUAAUUCUGUGUCCAGGGCGGCUGUCUACCAGCUCCAUCUGGUACGCAGGCUGAGACCCUACCUGCCCGCGGACUGUCUCACCAGAGUGGUGCAUGAUCUAGUUAUCUCCUGCUUGGACUACUGCAAUGUGCUCUAUGUGAGGCUACCUUUGAAGGUGACCCGGAAACUACAACUAAUCAAGAAUGUGGCAGCUAGGCUUGUGACUGGGAGCAGCCGCCGAGACCACAUAACACCGGUCCUAAAGGAUCAACACUGGCUCCCAGGACGUUUCCAAGCACAAUUCAAAGUGUUAGUACUGACUUUUAAAGCUCUAAACGGCUCCAGCCCUGUAUACCUCGCCCAAAGUGCUGGUACUCAGAGGCAUGCUGCCUCCACAGGUCUCAUGGCAAGUAGCCAUUGAUAGCCUUAUGCAACAUUAAUUUGUCCUUUAAAGCCAUCCAAGCUGGUGGCAAAUAUGAAAAUGUAGACCAGAGAGUCACUGAGGUGAGAAUGUACUGCAUUUUAAAAGCCAGGUCUUGAAAUAGGAUGUGCUGCUUUCUGUCCUGCGAGUGGGUGGGGAUGUUCACUGACCUAUGCCUCCCAGUCCAGAAAUGUGGUGUCGGCAACAAAGUGAAGGAUUAAACUCUGCCCCAAAUCUCUUUAAAUACUGGCCUGGGUGGUUUCCCUUUCCACCACAGGUGUUAAUUAGCAUUGCAAAACGGGGGUGAUUAUAUUAUCUCCCAAGUACCGCAGUUGCCAAUAUGCUUAUUGGAAGUGUCACCUGGGGUUUCUGCUUUUGCAGUUUUAUUUCUACUUGUCCCCUUUCCCACCACCACCACCUUCUCUACACCCAUGCAUCCUUACCUCUCCACUGAGGAUAAGUUGGCAUCUUGCUGCUGAUACAGGACUCUUAAGGCUACGACAGAUCUGUGAAGUCUUUUGAGAGUUUUGUCUUAACGGACAGGGUGAAUGGGUUGUUGUGAUAUCACAAACAAGAUUUGGGGAAAGGGGUGCUGAUGUUGUUUAAUUGCAUAUUAAGCUGAGGGUAGGAGAGAAAUCUGACUGGAUUUCUGGUGCUGGUGUCAUAAUCUGGAUGUUGCAAUAAAAUAAAAUGAAAUUGCAGGCAUGAGGAGCACUGAUUCUGCAAUUAAUACCUACCUGGAAUCAGCUACCUAUCUGGGAGUGAAACACAGCAGUACGGUUUUGCAACCGCACCUUGUAAUGACUUCAAAGACUUAAAAUGUCACAAGUCAGGCGCAUGAACUGUAGUUGUUGGUAAAUGCUGGGAUGCCAGGGAAUAUGUUCAAUUUGGGUUUGUGAGACAGUUGUCCAGGUAUCCUGAUCUGCCAAAAUAGAAUAAUCUUUCAGUCCAGGGAUAGAGACCCUGUGGCCUGCCAGAUGUUGCUGGACCCCCAACUCCAUCAGCCCCAGCCAGUUGUAGUCCAGCAACACAUGGUGGGCCGCAGGUUCUCUGCUCCUCUUAUAAGGCGCCCUAAGUGCUGGAGGAGACUCUUGAGAGUCCCAUGGACUGCAAGAAGAUCAAACCUCUCCAUUCUGAAGGAAAUCAGCCCUGAGUGCUCACUGGAAGGACAGAUCGUGAAGCUGAGGCUCCAAUACUUUGGCCACCUCAUGAGAAGAGAAGAAUCCUUGGAAAAGACCCUGAUGUUGGGAAAGAUGGAGGGCACUAGGAGAAGGGGACGACAGAGGACAAGAUGGCUGGACAGUGUUCUCGAAGCUACGAACAUGAGUUUGACCAAACUGCGGGAGGCAGUGCAAGACAGGAGUGCCUGGUGUGCUCUGGUCCAUGGGGUCGCGAAGAGUCGGACACGACUAAACGACUAA